AUGUCUGGUCUUCCUCCCGUCUACAUCGUUUCUGCUGCCAGAACCCCCGUCGGUUCGUUCCUUGGCUCCCUCUCCAGCUUGAGCGCUACUCAGCUGGGCUCUACGGCCAUCAAGGGUGCCGUUGAGCGUGCCGGUAUCAAACCCGAGCAGGUCGAAGAGGUCUUUUUCGGCAAUGUCCUGUCUGCAGGUCUGGGCCAAGCCCCCGCCCGCCAGUGUGCCAUCGGCGCUGGCCUCCCCAACAGCACCAUUUCCACGACUGUGAACAAAGUUUGCGCCUCUGGUCUCAAGGCCAUCAUCCUCGGUGCCCAGAACAUCAUGCUUGGCACCUCCGAUAUUGUCGUUGCUGGCGGUACCGAGUCCAUGUCCAACACCCCCCACUACCUGCCCAACCUCCGUACCGGCGCCAAGUACGGCGACCAGACCCUCAUCGACGGCGUCCUCAAGGAUGGCUUGACCGACGCCUACAAGAAGGAGCACAUGGGUCUCCAGGGAGAGCUGUGUGCCAGCGACAACGACUUCUCCCGCGAGGCUCAGGACGACUACGCCAUCAAGUCGUACCAGAAAGCACAGGCUGCCACCGAGGCCGGUCUGUUCAAGGAGAUUGUCCCCGUCGAGGUGUCGGGCGGCCGUGGCAAGCCCCCCAUCAAGGUUGAGCGCGACGACGAAGUCAAGAACCUCAAUGUGGAAAAGCUCAAGGCUAUGCGCCCGGCAUUCAAGUCUGACGGCUCCAUCACCGCCCCCAACGCCGCCCCCAUCAAUGACGGCGCUGCUGCGGUGGUGCUCAUGUCCGAGGCUAAGGUCAAGGAGCUCGGUGUCAAGCCCAUUGCCAAGAUUCUCGGCUGGGGUGACGCCGAGCGUGAGCCUGAGCGCUUCACCGUUGCCCCCUCCCUAGCCAUCCCCAAGGCCAUCAAGCACGCUGGUCUGACCGACAAGGACAUUGACUUUUACGAGAUCAAUGAGGCCUUCUCCGUCGUUGCCCUUGCCAACAUCAAGCUCUUGGGCCUUGAUGCCGACAAGGUCAAUGUCUUUGGUGGCUCCGUCGCCAUUGGCCACCCUCUGGGCUGCUCUGGCGCCCGCAUCAUCACCACUUUGACUUCGGUCCUCAAGGAGAAGGGCGCCAAGAUUGGCUGUGCAGGUAUCUGCAAUGGCGGCGGCGGUGCUUCCGCGCUGGUCAUUGAGAACUUGCAGUGA